UGGGCCUCUUUAGAGGUCUCGCCCCAGCGGUUGAAGGCGGAGAGGCAUCCUAGGGCGAACGACGACAUGGCAGCUGUGAUGCUUCGGCGCGGAGGCCCGGUGCUCCAGGGCUUUUCCCGCUGCUUUUGGAGAGCACAACACGCCAAAGCCCACCCAAAUCAGACCACGGGCCUGGGAUUUAGCUUCGAGCUCACGGACCAGCAGAAAGAGUUCCAAGAGACGGCCCGCAAGUUCGCCCGAGAAGAGAUCAUUCCCGUGGCGGCCGAGUAUGACCGGACCGGAGAGUACCCCGUGCCCCUCAUCAAGAGGGCUUGGGAACUCGGCCUCAUCAACUCGCACAUCCCGGAGAGCUGUGGUGGCCUCGGACUCGGCAUCUUUGACGCUUGCCUCAUUACCGAAGAACUGGCGUAUGGCUGCACGGGCGUUCAGACCGCCAUCGAGGCCAAUUCUCUGGGGCAAAUGCCGGUCAUCCUGGCAGGCAACGAGCAGCAGCAGAAGAAGUACCUGGGGAGGAUGGUGGAGCAGCCCAUGAUGUGUGCUUACUGUGUGACAGAGCCUGGAGCCGGCUCCGAUGUGGCUGGCUUACAGACCCGAGCGGAGAAGAAAGGCGACCAGUAUGUCAUCAAUGGUCAGAAGAUGUGGAUAACCAAUGGAGGGAAGGCCAACUGGUAUUUCCUUCUGGCUCGGACCCACCCUGAUCCCAAGGCCCCUGCUAGUAAAGCCUUUACUGGAUUUAUCGUAGAGGCAGAUACCCCGGGAAUCCAGAUUGGAAGAAAGGAGCUAAACAUGGGCCAGCGAUGCUCCGACACCAGAGGGAUCGUCUUUGAAGAUGUGGUCGUGCCCAAAGAGAAUGUCCUCAUUGGAGAAGGAAAUGGUUUCAAAAUUGCAAUGGGUGCUUUUGAUAAAACCAGACCUCCAGUUGCCGCUGGUGCCGUGGGGCUUGGACAGAGAGCCUUGGAUGAAGCUACCAAGUAUGCCUUGGAGAGGAAGACGUUUGGAAGGCAUCUCGUGGAGCACCAAGCAGUGUCCUUUUUGCUGGCUGAAAUGGCCAUGAAGGUUGAGCUGGCCAGACUGAGUUACCAGCGAGCGGCUUGGGAAGUUGACAUGGGUCACCGGAAUACCUAUUAUGCUUCUAUUGCAAAAGCAUUUGCUGGGGACAUUGCAAAUCAGCUAGCCAGCGAUGCCGUGCAGAUUUUUGGAGGCAACGGAUUUAAUAGCGAAUAUCCGGUGGAAAAGCUCAUGAGAGACGCCAAAAUUUACCAGAUCUACGAAGGCACGGCUCAAAUCCAGAGGCUCAUCAUAGCUCGGGAGCACAUCAGCAAGUACAAGAACUGAGGACUCUGCAGGCCUGUCACCGGCUGCUGGAAAGGGGAAAAGACUUGAAUGUGUUUCUUGAUGAAAUGAGAAAACAUGAGAAACGAUUUGCUGAACCUACAAGAGGUGGCGGCGGCACUUCUCUACCUUUGCCUCCCUCUUGCCUUGUGUGGAUGGAGAAAUUUGGGGCUUCAUUAAAGUAUUCGUGUCUUCUU